GACAAAAGAAAAGAGACGAAGAAGGGACAGCCGUGCUUCUUAAACCAUUACCAAAGCUCUCUCUAUCGUAGCAAAAAAAGCACAUGGCCGGGAGAGUAAGGCGGCCGCAUGUUUCCAGGGGGUUCCCCAUGCCGUCUGAUGCAGGUGACGACGAACGGGCACCCGCCUGAACACCAUUUCGACCGUCGUCUGUCAAAUCCAGAGCCGCGAACUCGCCGCCGUCGGGGCAUUGACGUUGAAUCGUCACAGCACAUCAACCGCUAGCUCAAGCGGCCGCGUCUUUUCCCUGGGUUGAGGGCAGUUGAAAAUCUGGGGAACAAGUUGGGGUUGUCCAGCGGUCGACCCUUCUGAAACAUGGAUGGUGGUGCAAGGUUGGUCCAUGUCCAGGAUUCCCGACCCUUCCCAUACCUUAUAGAUAUCUCUGUUGCCUCCUGUUUCCCGUCCUCCCGUGAUCGAAGAUGGGACUCGGAGAGGCCAACCUGAUCUGAGAUGAGCGCGGGUAGUUUGAGACCCUGCAUUAGAUCGCUGCACCGAAGGUGGGGGAGGGGCCAGCCGAGGAGGAGGGGUGGAGGGGCAGACACUCAAUGCCCAAAUUGGCUUCCUGGGCAAUUAAACACAUCUUUAGGGUCUUGAUUGCCAAUGUUGUGCUUUUCAUUCCACAACAUCUUCUCUUGUUAGUUACAGUUCAAUUUUUGGGUUCCAUUGUAGCUGCUAUUUGACUCCGUCGGUUAUAUUUUUGAAGUCACAAACACCACUCCUGGCCACCACCCAGCAACGCAAACACUCCCCAACAACAUACCCCUUUUGUGUCACCAGCCAUGAGCGCCACCGAUCCCGUCAACCCCCCUGGCGAGCCAGCCCCUGAGCUCCUCGAGGGCCGUCUCUGGGUAGAUGGCUGUUUUGAUUUCUUCCACCACGGCCACGCUGGCGCCGUAGUUCAGGCCCGCCAACUCGGCGACGAGCUCUACGUCGGCGUCCACUCGGACGAGGCCAUCCUCGAAAACAAGGGCCCCACCGUCAUGAACCUCAAGGAGCGCCUCAUGGCCACCGACGCCUGCCGCUGGGUCACCAAGUCCAUCCCCUACGCUCCCUACGUCACCCAGCUGGACUGGAUCACCCACUACGGCUGCAAGUACGUUGUCCACGGCGACGACAUCACCUCUGACGGCAGCGGUGAGGACUGCUACCGCUUUGUCAAGGCGGCCGAUCGGUUCAAGGUAGUGAAGCGGACGCCGAGUAUCUCCACUACCGAUUUGGUUGGGAGGAUGCUGCUUUGCACGAGGGGGCAUUUCAUCAAGUCGCUGCAAAAGACGCUCGAGGGCGAGGAGGGUCCAGGAACAGCGGAGGAGAGGAAGAAGGAAGGCGAGGCGAUGAAGGAGAGGAUUAGGCUGUAUGCUGCGGAUGAGACGGCCAAGCAGCCCGGUGUGGAGGUUUGGUUCUGGUCAGGGGAGAAUGGGUUCGACAAGUUGUUUGGGGGUAUCGGGCCAAAGAUUGGCCAACGGGUCGUGUACGUCGAUGGCGGUUUCGACCUCUUCUCCAGCGGCCACAUCGAGUUCCUCAAGAUGGUGGUUGAAGCUGAGGAGGAGCUCGCCAGAAGGGACGGUUGGUACUCGGAGCAGAACGUCAACGAGCGCAAGGGCAAGGGAGAGGACUACGGCCCGGUGUUUGUGGCGGCUGGCGUCCACGACGACGAUGUCAUCAACAAGUGGAAGGGCGUUAACUACCCCAUCAUGAACAUUUACGAGCGCGGCCUCUGCGUUCUGCAAUGCAGGUACGUCAAUGCCGUCAUCUUCGGCGCCCCCUUCGAGCCUACCAAGGAGUACUUGGCCAAGUUCCCAUGGAGCACCCCCGAUGCCGUUUACCACGGCCCAACAUCAUUUAUGCCAUCCACAAAGGAUGUGUACGCGGCUCCCAAGGAGAUGGGCAUCUACAGAGAGAUUGGCCACCACGAAUUCGAGGAAGUCAACGCCGGUACCAUUGUCCAAAGAAUCAUGAAGAGCAGAGACCUCUACGAAGCUCGUCAAAGGGCCAAGGGCAUGAAGGCCGACAUCGAGGCCGCUCAUAAGGAGAGGGAGCUUCUCGAAGAGGAACAGCGCAAGAAGGAGGAAAAGCUUCAGAAGUGAUGUGGUUCUUGCUUUCCUGAGACUUCAACCGUACAUGGGAAUUGGAAACGACAGCAUUGGGAAAAUUGGUGACGGCGAGACUUCAACAGGCCUCACAACGCUCGUACACACAAGGCAUAGACGCUGCAUAUUUAGAGCACAGCGCAUUUCUAUCUAAUAAUGUCAAGAACAAAAAGAACAAAAUCUUUGACAGUCAGUCAGAUACCAUAACGCAUUUUAAGUCAUCAACGGGACCUUUUGGCACCUCAGAGCUUGACUUUUAGUGGUUCUCAUCAUGUAGACUGCAAAGCCCCCAGACCUCAAAAGCCCCCAGAUGCCAGCAGCCAAGCAGACCAACCAACAGGGAACGAAAAAAAAAGUGACCUCCAGUGAAGCCCAGAGUGUUCGGCUCGUCCAUGCUGGCUAGCCUUCAAGGUCGACAGAGGCAAAACGUAACCAAGGUUUGUGUUGAAGCACCCCCUCGCACCGAGAAUAAGCCCCGUCGAGUAACUCCAUCCCCUCUUUCGAGAGAGAUGGGCAAUCGCAUAUCUGUGGUAUCGUGACGAAAAUUCUCCAGCCGCGCCAUGACGUUCCCAGCCACGACGUCUGCCACCACGGCAGCCCCACCAUCGACCCGAUCCACCAACCUCAGAGGAACCAAGACGAGCCCAUCCCGAACAGCACAGAGCGCGGACUCAUAUCUUCGUCCAUGUGGUCUCCAGCCUCGCAAAACAGACAAGUAACCCAGCUCAUGGGGGAAAGCGAAAUCAAAGUCGACUUUGGUGUGAUGAGGCCGGGCGAUGAAAACAGAAAAAGACAAGGAACAAGGCGGGCAAAAAUAGAGAUCAGCCGCUGUGCUUCUGUGGCGGCGCGUUUCCGCAACACCGAUCGUGACAAGUCACGCUCGGCAAUGUCCGGGGACUUUCUCCCAAAGCUGUGUGGUGAUUGUGAAAGAGAUGCCCCGAAGGGAAAUCUUUCCGUUUGUGAGCUUCGAAUAGCGAUUUGUCGGGCGAGAGGGUGCUUGCGAAAGGAGGAAAGCGAGAAGGAGUGGGAAUGGUGG